AUGGAUCGAGCUGCAAUGACAGUGGGUCCGGCUAUGGAUAUGCCCAUCAUGCACGAUAAUGAUCGAUAUGAGCUGGUUCGGGAUAUCGGUUCCGGGAACUUUGGAGUGGCCAGGCUAAUGAAAGAUCGGCAGACUAACGAGCUUGUGGCCGUCAAGUACAUUGAGAGAGGUGAUAAGAUUGAUGAAAAUGUGCAAAGGGAAAUUAUCAACCACAGAUCACUGAGACAUCCCAACAUUGUCAGGUUCAAAGAGGUCAUAUUGACUCCAACUCAUUUGGCCAUUGUUAUGGAAUAUGCUUCUGGAGGGGAGCUCUUUGAACGGAUCUGCAAUGCUGGACGAUUUAGUGAGGAUGAGGCACGAUUUUUCUUCCAGCAGCUUAUAUCAGGAGUCAGUUACUGUCAUGCCAUGCAAGUAUGUCAUCGUGAUUUGAAACUAGAGAAUACAUUAUUGGAUGGAAGCCCAGCUCCCAGGCUUAAAAUUUGUGACUUUGGGUAUUCUAAGUCUGCAGUGCUGCAUUCACAGCCUAAAUCGACUGUUGGUACUCCUGCAUAUAUUGCCCCCGAAGUUCUAUUGAAGAAAGAAUAUGAUGGAAAGAUUGCUGAUGUUUGGUCAUGUGGAGUUACUUUGUAUGUCAUGCUUGUGGGUGCUUACCCAUUUGAGGACCCGGAGGAGCCCAAAAAUUUCCGGAAAACAAUACAGCGAAUUUUGAAUGUCCAAUACUCUAUUCCGGAUUAUGUUCAUAUAUCGCCAGAAUGUCGACAUCUGAUUUCAAGGAUUUUUGUGGCUGAACCUUCAAAGAGGAUUACCAUUCCAGAGAUCAGAAACCAUGAGUGGUUUCUGAAGAACCUCCCUGCAGAUCUUAUGGACGACAACAUGGGAAACAACAAUUUCGAGGAACCAGAUCAACCAAUGCAGAGCAUUGAUGAAAUCAUGCAGAUUAUAACUGAGGCCACCAUCCCAGCUGCUGGCAUGAACAAUCUAAGUCAGUACCUCACGGGCAGCCUUGAUGUGGAUGAUGACAUGGAAGAAGAUCUUGAGAGUGAUCCUGAUCUUGACAUUGACAGCAGUGGGGAGAUAGUGUAUGCAAUGUGA